AUGGGAAAAACAUAUUGUGAAAAACGGCCGGCCGGCGCCGCGGCCGGCGGUCAAUUUAGACUCGUCGACCACAACCCGAAAAAGGUCGAGAUUCCAUCGAGAGCAGUGGCCAUGAAAAUGGAUCUUAAGAUGAUCAUCGUGUGCUCGGUCGUCGGCUCUCUCGGGGUGCUCAGUGCCAUCCUGGGGUUCUCUGCCGAGGGCACGAAGCUCACCAUUUUGGACGUGUACGUGGGUCUCGGGGUGUGCCUGAACCCGCAGAACCCCGCGUUCGGGCUCGGGGUGUGCGCGGCCAUCUUCCUGGCCAUAGCCCAGAUCAUCUUCGCCGCCCUCGGCGGCUGCUGCGGCUGCUGCAAGUCCCGCGCCAUCCCCUCCCAGAGCAAACGGGUCAUCGGCGUCAUCGGCGCCGUCUUCUCAUGGAUUGUGGCGGCGGUCGCCUUUGGGAUGCUGGUGGUAGAAGCGGCCGCGAACGCCCCCGGGGCGCGUGAAACGUCAGCGUCCGGCUAUUGCUACAUCCCCAUAGGAGGCAUCUUCGCCGGCGGCGCCGCUCUCACGCUCGUCGCCACGGCCCUCGGGAUCACCUCCUACGUCAUGCUCCGCACGCAGCCUGCCACUGUUGCCGAGACCGCCGCACCCAAGGAAGGCGAGCAGAUGCCGGCGAGCGCCGCCGGGAUCUCGACGGGGCAGCCGCAGUUCCCGCCGCAGCCUCCCCAGGGGCAGCCGUACGACCAAGCGCCCUACCCGCCUCCUCCGGCACAGGGCUAUGGAGCGCACGCGCCCAACCAGCAGCAGCAGCAGUUUCCCCCUCCUACUACAGAAGGCUACGCAGCGCACGCGCCGAACCAGCAGCACCCCCCUCCUUCUGCUCCUCCUAAAGGACACGAACAGGUGUAA